AUGUCAAAAGCAUCCAGCACUACCCGCGCCGAGGACCAGAGCGCCCAUAUAGACGAGCAGCCUGCCACAGAACAGGAUACCCUAGGACUCCCAGAGAAUUCACGGGAGCAGGAAAAUGGCGGACCUUCAGAGGUGAAGCUACCAUCAGAUAUCUCGAACACUGGGCCAUCCCAGCCAUCAGAACCUCACGAACAGGAAAGUGCUUCCAAAGCUGCAGCGGACGACGAUUUAGUUCCUCAGGCGGAAAAGGUCGUGGCAGAGAAGGACCAACCAAGUCUUGGCGAAUUCAAGUAUUGGAAGUUCUCCAGGACUCGGACGAUUGCAUCCAAGAGUGGUAAGGACAAUCGGUCUCGUUUCUGGGGAGUGUACAAAAGAGUCGCGGAGGAACACGACGGCGAGUUCCUCGAGCGAUACACCGGCGACAUGGACAAUCGUUUUGGUCUUCCUGUCAGCACGUCUUUUAUAGUGGCGAUGGAGUCUAAUCUUAUUCCCGACCCCAGCGACACCACGAAUGCCCUUCUGAAGCAACUCGUGUACAUUGGACUCGGCAACUUCACUGCAGCGGGCCUCCACGCCCUUAGACCCAGCAUCAACGUGGUCAGCGACUGA